AUGGCCGCCGUGCUGAAUGAAAUACUGGAUAGAAAUAAAUCGCUGGUAAACAAAUUAACAGUGUCAAAAACAAAUAAAACUGAUUGUGAAUUACAAUCUGACGACAAUGUUUCUGACGAUCGUAUGACACUCGUUCAGCACAGUAAGAAAAAAGUCAAAUCAAUAUCUUUACCGCCAACUGCUACAAAAGUUGAAGAAAAUAUCAAUAAAAAAUUACAAUCUGACGAUAAUGUUUCUGACGAUCAUAUGACACUCGUUCAGCGCAGUAAGAAAAAAAUUUUAGGAUCACUCACAACUAGCCCCCUCUUCACGGCAUCCAUUAUUAAAAAAAAAGUUUUCUACAUUGGGAAUGUCAAACUACCUGACAGUUCCAAAAUCGAAAAACACUGUGAAAAUAGAGGAAUCAAUUUGAUUUCCUGUUAUCCGGCCUCUAAACGUGUAGAAAAUGAUGAUGAAAUAAAAUACUCCUCAUUCAGAUUGUGUGUCCCGGCCGAGGAGUAUGGCAAGGUGAUGACUGCUUCAAACUGGCCUGCCUCAGUUGUCAUUCGUGAAUGGAUCUUCAAUAAAGAUAACACCAACUCCUCGAACACUCUGCCCAGUGCCAAGACAUGCAUCUGCUAUGAAAGAUGUUAA